AGACAGCAGAAAGCAAGAGUCUGAAUAACUUUCACACAUUACAGCUGCUUACGAAUCUUUUGGGGAUCUUCAACUCUCUGGUUAAUUUGUGGAAUGUUUUUCACAGCGGUCUGGACUGACUAAAAUUGUUUUCCUGCUGAAAAAAAAAUGGCACUCAGACAAGACUCAGAUAAAGAACCACGAAUCGAGCUCUUCAUAAAAGCGGGUCAUGACGGAGAGAAUGUGGGGAACUGUCCCUUCUGCCAGAGACUCUUCAUGGUUCUUUGGCUGAAAGGAGUGAAGUUCACAGUAACCACUGUUGACAUGAGGAAGAAGCCAGAAGAGCUAAAAGACUUAGCUCCAGGUACCAACCCUCCUUUCCUCCUGUACAAUGGCACGCUGAAGACCGACUUCAUUAAGAUCGAAGAGUUCCUGGAGACCACCCUCGCCCCUCCCCGCUAUCCUCAUCUCAGCCCCCGCUACAAAGAGUCUUUUGAUGUUGGCGCUGACAUUUUUGCCAAGUUCUCCGCGUUCAUCAAGAACAGCCCAAACAAUGCUUUCCACGAAAAAGCCUUAUUGAGGGAGUUUAAGCGCCUGGAUGACUAUCUGAACACUCUGCUUCAGGAUGAGCUGGAUCAAAACCUCAGCGAAUCCAAAAGAAAGUUCCUUGAUGGCAACCGCUUGACACUGGCAGACUGCAACUUGUUACCAAAGCUGCACGUCAUCAAGGUUGCUGCCAAAAAGUAUUGUAAUUUUGAGAUUCCUGCUCAGUUCACUGGAGUGUGGCGUUACCUGCAGAAUGCAUAUGAGAGAGAAGAGUUCAGCCAGACCUGUCCAGCUGACAUUGAAAUUGAGAAAGUCUAUCUGAGUGUGGCCAAGAGGAACUGAGCUUCAGAUUAAUGAAAUUGAGAAAGCCUAUCUGAGUGUGGCCAAGAGGAACUGAGCUUCGGAUUAAUGAAGCGAUAUUGUGAUUAAAAUGUUUAAAUAGUGUAAAUAAAACUAAAUAAAAGGUUUAUAGCCAUCUACAUAGUUGUAGUUCACAGGUAUGGAAAUCUAUUACAGUGAAGACAAAAAAAAAACCACACCACAACACACAAAGUUUGCUUUCAUUGUGCCUGCGAUCUCAAAGCCCAUUAGAUUUACUAGAAUACUACAGUCAAAUAGGCUUUAUUCUGGUAGUUUUAGAGGUUAUAGGAUCCUUUGCAAGUGAUCUUGAGCACAACAGUCAACAGAGUUGUGCUUUUAACUGCAUAUCAUAUGUAAUAGUUUUUUUGUGCAUAUUUGUGUAUAUAUGUAUUUUACAUUCAUUAGGGCGUAUUCGGUUACAUGUAAUGUAUACCUAAAAAGUCUAUGUGUUUUAAUCAUCUGUAGGAUUGAGCUAAAAACACUGUAGAGACAAAAGUUUAGUCAAAUCACGCGCAGAACUGGAGUCAGUGAGUCAUGCGGCAGUAAUGGUUGUUUUGUAUUAAGGGUUAUUGUGAUGGAUGGAUGAGUUGCACAGACACCAUUGUUAGACUUUGUGAUUGUUUAAGAAAGAGAUUAAACUGCUUUCUUUCAGAUUUUACUUAAAAAUAAAAUUAAUAUCAAACACA